AUGACAGAGGAAGCAGUGACAUAUAAUGAUGUUCACAUAAACUUCACUCAGGAAGAGUGGGUCUUGCUGGAUCCUUCUCAGAAGAGACUCUACAAAGAUGUGAUGCUGGAGACUUACAGGAACCUCACGGCUAUAGGCGUGAAAGUGGUCGUCUUCAAGAUAAACCUUAUGAAUAUACUCAGUAUGAUAAAGCCUUCGCACAUCACAGUCAUCUUCAAAGGCAUGAAAGAAUUGGUACUGGGGAGACGCAAAAUGAAUAUAAUCAAUUUGUUAAAGCUACUGCAUAUCCGAAUUAUCUCCAAAUACAUAAAAGAACACAUAUCAGAGAGAAGCUCUUUGAAUGUGAGCAGUGUGAGCACAUACUGGUGA